CUUGGUUUUGUCAUUCACAUAAAAAUAUAUUAAAAAAAUACACAGAUCUAAAGUUUAUAUAAUUUUCAUCAGAAAAGGCAAAGCUGUCAACCUUAUGCCCACUUGUCAGUUGUCACCCCUCUAUAAUUUAUCCAAAGGCCAAUACGCUUACAUAUAAAUACCACCGAAUUGAAUCUGCUGUUUCAUUCACAAAGUUCAAAAACUGUAUUUGUUCAUAAAGAAGAAAAAUGGGUAGUUGUGAAAAUGUCAAAAAUGGUCAAAAAUUGGAGAAAAUGGUGAAGAAAAUAGAAGAGGAAUUCUGGAUAUCAGUUGAGUUGCUGAAGCAGUUGGCUGAUGAUAUGGUGUUGAUGAUGCGGAAGGGUCUAGAAGAUGCAGAUUCUAGCUCUAUCAAGAUGCUUGUUUCCUAUGUUGAUUCUCUCCCUUCUGGUAAUGAAGAGGGGUGCUUUUAUGCAUUGGACUUGGGUGGGACAAACCUCCGUGUAAUGCAGGUUAAAUUGCAAGGAAAUAGGACUAUUGACCUAAAAGCCGAAUCAUAUAUGGUGCCUCCUAAGAUAAAGACAGGGAAAUCACAUGAACUCUUUGAUUAUAUUGCGGAAAAAGUUUCUCAUGUUUUUGAAAUGAAAGAGGAUGAUUUUGAGAUUCUUCCUGGUAAAAAGAGGGAGCUUGGUUUUACCUUCUCAUUCCCGGUGCACCAAACAUGUAUCAACUCUGGCACUCUCCUUAAUUGGACAAAGGACUAUGAUGCACCAGAUGCCAUUGGCAAAGACAUGGUGAAAGAGUUGUCGAAAGCUUUGGAGAAACGAGCUAUUGAUGUAAAUGUGACUGCUUUGCUCAAUGAUACAGUUGGCACUUUGGCUGGAGGGCGAUUUUACGACAAAAAUGUUGUUGCAGCUGUGAUUUUGGGUACUGGAAUGAAUGCCGCUUAUGUGGAACAGUCUGAUCGCAUUGUGAAGCCGUAUGGUCUUCCACCAAAAUCAGGACAGAUGGUUAUCAACACAGAGUGGGGCAAUUUCAAUUCUUCACUCCUUCCUUUAACCGUCUAUGAUCGUGCAUUAGACAAUGACAGUCCGAACCACCACAAACAGCUUCUGGAAAAGAUGGUUUCUGGUAGAUAUUUGGGAGAAAUUGUGAGGAGAAUUUUGCUACAGUUAGCUGAUGAUGCUGCACUUUUUGGUGACAGUGUUCCUCCCAAACUUCAACAGCAUUAUGUAUUGGGGACGGAUAUUGUUUCAGCGAUGCAUGGUGACAAAUCCGCUGACUUAAGUGUGGUUGGAAAAUGCCUAGAGAAGGUUUUAGAGAUAAGUAAUGUAUCCUUGGAGAAGAAGAAGGUAGUUGUCAAGAUAUGUGAAAUUGCUGCUACACGAGGUGCUCGGCUGUCUGCUGCUGCAAUACUGGCAAUACUUAAGAUGUUAGGCAAGGACAAAUUAGCGAAUGUGGGGGAGACUGUAGUAGCAAUUGAUGGGUCAUUAUUCGCUAAAUACCAAGAGUUCAAAUCAUGCUUACAGAAGACCCUUGCAGAAGAAUUACUCGAUGAACAAGUGUCAAAGAUGGUUCUUCUUAAACAGUUCAAAGAUGCCUCAGGCAUUGGUGCUGCUGUUGUUGCAGCUUCACACUCUAUUUACGCUCGAUAAUACUACCACUCUAGUAUAAUCUUAAUGCUGUUCUAUUAUUUUUUCUGAUAACUGUAUCAAAGUGUCUUCUGACAACUUUUAAACAAUUAUUUCCUUAGCUUUUAUAGUGAAUACAAUUAUGUUACCUUGCCCAUUCGUUUUA